AUGUCCAGGUCCCCUGACCCCCCUGAGGCUGCAGACCCCAGAGAGUUGAGGAGGAUCAUCGCUGAAGACGCUCACUGGUUCCUGAACACAGUGCCUUCUCUAUCCAACCUCUGUCUGCAAUCUAUUGUGAGCAACUUCGAGGAAAGGCCCAUAUGGGAAGACCUUUCCCCCAUCCACAAAGACUUUGUGCAGGAGAGACUGUCCACCUCCAUGCCCCUGCAUGUGACAGCCAACCUGAUCCACGACGGGGUGUACUGGAAGCGCUGCUGCGAGAAGUGGGGGGGCAUUCGUGACCUAACUCAUUAUGGCAACAGCUGGAAACGAAUGUUCUUUGAGAAGCACAUGGAGAACAUGAUUGAGCUUUUUAUCCCAGAUGUAACGGAGCCAAAGACCUUUGUAGAGAUGGUUCCUCUUUGUAAGGACUACAUCAAGAGGCUAAACAUCUCCCAGCUCCUGCCGCCUGUCACGGAGCCGCAGAAGGACGAGGAGGAAUAUGGCUCCGAGUUGGUCAUUGAAAAUAAGGACGGACCCUCCAUGGACCACUUUGACUUUAACAUCAUGCUCGACAAGCUGACAAACCUGGAAGAGUUCCAUGUAGUGUACAGGGUCAAACAAUGUGGUCUGAACUUCGAAUGUAAGAUGUUCGAGAUGACCGACAGAGAUUGUGAGUCCCUCGCCAAGGCUGUGAAGUCCUGUAAGACUUUGAAGAUUCUAAGGCUCAAUCUAAGCCACAUGGAGGAUACAAAGUGCCGGCUGCUGGUGAAAUACCUUCUGGACCACCCGUCCCUGAGGGAGCUCGACCUCUCUCACAACCUGAUCGGAGACAAAGGAGCCAGAGCCAUCGGGAAGCUGCUCACCAGGAGCGGCCUGGAGACCCUGAACCUGUGUGACAACAAUAUCGGAGGCCCCGGGGCCAAAGCUCUAGCUCAUGCCUUGUCCAUGAACUCUACCCUGUUGUCACUCAACCUGCGUCUCAACCGUUUGAGAGAUGAGGGGGGGCAGGCGAUCGGGAAGGCCUUGCUGAACAACAACACCCUGCUUCUCCUGCACCUGGGAGCCAACGAGGUCACAUGGCCCUCUGCCAUCGCUCUGUCUAAAGUGCUGGUUCAGAGAAGCACCCUGAAGAGCCUCAAUCUCUCCUGCAACAACCUGGGAGUGGAUGGAGGUAAAGCUCUGGAGGAGGCCAUGUCCAACAACAGCAGCCUGACAGAGUGCGAUAUCCGUCUGACGGAGGUUGAGGAGCAGAGCGCGUCCUUCGUCAACCAGGUGGUGUGGACCAACCAGAGUUUAGAACAAAGGAGACACGCUCGGGAAAGUAAAACCAAAAAAACAUCAACAGCUGUUUAUUGAAAUACAAACCCAUAUUCAUUAGUGUUUAAUUCCUGCUGUCCAGUAUUCAUUAAGCCGCCGAGCUUGGCUGCUAUUGGCUGAUUUUUUACAAAAUGUCAGCACCCACAAAAACACAAAAUAUUGAGUUCUCUUGUCCAUAGUAACAUCUAUCUACUGCACCUUUUGAUAAUUACUAUUUGCAGCUUUGAAUUAUUGUGCCUAUUUCAAAUUUGGUUUUGUAGAUUUUCCAUACACAGAUAAUUGGCACAAUAUAAAUGGUGUAAACAUGUGUACAAGAUAGUGAUAUUAUGUGUUAUCAGAACAUAUUAAAACAUAGACCAUGUAUACAGUUUACUAGUGUAUCACUAGGGUAAUAAAAAAUAGUUUGUAUAGUUCGUAACCCUGAUGUUAUAAUUUGUUGCAUGUCUAUUCAUUUGGUUUCAGUCAAGGAUAUAUCUAAUUCUAGGGCAAGUUAAAAUAAAUACAAAAUAUAUAGUUCAUAAUUUCCAAUUGCAUUCAAUUUGUUAUCAACAAAGGUUUGAAUGUAAACAAAAUGAUAUUUGGUGCAGCCUUAAAUUACAUUCUGACGUUUUCUUACAAUUGUCAUGAAUUAAUUUUUCACACUGUUUUUUGUGAGCAUUUCAGUUUAUUGAGGAGCCUUUUUGUCGUUUUGAUACACAGAUUUGGUUUUCAGUCCUUAUGUAACAUCAAGGCCACGUUGUGGUGGUGUUAGAAUACAUACACUCUCUUGUUGUUGUUGUUGUUGUUGUUGUUGUUGUUGUUUUUAAACCUAUAUCUACUGACCAAUAAUAUAGAAGAACAGUGCUUAGUGGCAACAAAACAUCUUAACUAAUAAUCUUGCAAAACUAUUAAUUGUUUUCCUAGAAUCAUCCCAAGAGAGGCCUUCUGUAAUGGUGGACUAGCACACAGAGACAUCUACAUAGGAUAAAUGACUAUCAAUAAUAACCCAAUCAUUUUCCUUAAAAAAAAUGUUCUUGUGAAGUGUAUCAAAUAUGUUUUUUAAAACGUAAAUAUGGGAUUAAAGGGAAACAAACACCAUCAAAUAGCAAAUGUUGCCUGAAUCAUUUUUACCUCGGAUUGUAUUGCCGUUUUUGACCAAACAAACCUACCAUUCUACAUCUGCACAUUAAAAAUGUCCCUGCCUCUGUUACCACUAAUUGUGCGACACAUUCCGCUAAGCAGUUCAAUUUCACUGCUACGCCGAUGACAUCCAACUUUAUAUCUCAACAAAAACCAUCACCCCCCCCACAACACACUCCACUCUCACCAACUGUCUCUCAGAAAUAAAAGCAUGGAUGCAAACAAACUAUCUUCAACUGAACAGUGCCAAUCAGACAUCAUCAUCAUCGGCCCCCCAUCCCGGACCAAAACCAGCCAGAAUUUCAACUUCACCCUUGACAGCAACACUCAACCAAUCAGAGACUGCACUGACCUCACCACCUUCAAAAAAUUUACAAAAACUCACCUCUUCAAUCUGGCUUUUUUAAUGUGACUUUAACUAUAUUUAUUUGUUGUUCUUUUCUUUUCACUAUCUCUGUAAAGCGACUUUGAGCACCUGUAAAAGCGCUUACAAAAUAAAUCUAUUAUUAUUAUUAUUAUUAUUAUUAAGCACAAGAUCCCUAUCGACACUUUCAUAUUUUAUUUACAAUACAAACCCUUCCUGCCUUGAAAAUCAUUUAAAUAUAAAAAACAAAUCCCCAGAGCAUUAUUGAGUGAAAGAGAACAUAUCAUAUCAACAACCUAAUCUACUUCAUACACAUGAUAAAGGGUUCAGUGCUUCGCAUGACAAAAGCUUCAAUGCUGCUAACAGUCGUCUACGGAGGAAAAAAUGCCUAGUUAUGAAUCUAGUCAGAUUUAUAACCCUUUUAAAUGGGUUUUUUGUUACUGUUGUUAUGUAAACAUUUCAGGGGUAAACAAUUUUUUUUAUAUACAGACGUAUGGAUCACAGUGAAGCCAUGUGAGAGGUUUGUUGGCUAAUCAUUAAGGACAUAAUGUCUUCAGUACAAAACAGUGAGUAAAGUCCAAAAUCCUUUUCAAAAUAGAUUUAACUUUUUUUUUCUUGUGGACUUUGCAUGCUGUUGUGGUGUUCUUAUAGUUGUACACUUUACCCCACAGUACACGGACAGUAUAUUAUUGCAUGCCUUUUGACCAAUGCAUGCUGGGAUAUGUCCUUAAUGAGAAUCUCAAUGAAUGAAUGAAUGCAUCUCAAUCGCUCUGUCUUAUUUGGUUUCCUGCUGAACGUUGCGUAGCAUAACACCUCUUAUCCAUUAAGGGAUAGUUAGACAUUUUUGUGAAAAAUGCUUAUUUGUUUUCUUACUGAGAGUGAGAUGACAAAUCAAUACCAAUCUUAUGGCGCAUUUCCACUGCAGGGCCUCGCACGGCUUAGUACGGUAUAGUUAGGCCU